AUGGAAGCUUCUAUACCUCUCGAAGACGUACCAGAAUGUGAAAGCCUGCAGGCCUACGAUAACGUGGACGGCUAUCGCCAGUUCUCUGGCUCAGCAUUCAUAACAGACAAACGAGUGCUCUCAAUCGAACUUGGCGCUGUGUUCGGCGAUGCAUACACUUACACCAUCCCGCAUUUACUCUGGGCAAUGAACCGCGCUGCUUCGGGAGGCGUCAAUCAAUUCAUAAUCCACGGCCAGCAAUAUGCUGGUGAAUAUCCUGAGACGACAUGGCCAGGUUACGUAUCUUUUGGCUACGCAGUCUCUGAUCAGUACUCCAACAAGCGGCCGGACUGGAACCAUGGACUAGAAGCCGGCCUACGAUACAUGGGUAGGAUCAUGUACGUCCAGCAGCAGGGUGUCCCACGGAUCGACGUCGCUUUCUACAACCGACAAUCAGCCACCGACCCCAUCGUGCAGACUUUGUACCAGCCGAGCGAUCUUGAAGACCAAGGCUGGACUUACGCAUACCUGUCCCCCACCAAUUUCAAGCUACCCCAAGCUCACGUACAUGACGGCGUGCUCGCUCCAGACGGUCCAUCAUUCAAGGCCAUGGUCGUUGAAAGCAGCCAGAACAUGACCCUCGACGGUGUUGAGGCGCUCAUCGACUACGCUGCAGCCGGGCUGCCGAUCAUUUUGAGCGGCGGUGCUCCUGGCUAUCAUCCAUAUGGGAACGAGAGCGACAGAAUGCAGGUGGAACACAAGAUCUCCAGGCUCCGAGCCACGUCGAAUGUGUUCAGCGUCAGCAAGGGCCAGGCUGCACAACAGCUACGAGCCUUGGGUCUGUCGCCACGUGUUGCAAUCCAGACCAACGGCACCUGGUAUCCCUCGUGGCGCGAAGAAGAUGGAAGCGGUAUUGACUACGCCUACGUCUUUUGCGAUACCAAUGCGAGCACUGGGUCCAUCACAGUGUCGUCGGUCAAAAAGGCUUUCCUGCUUGACGCAUGGACGGGAGAGAUCAAGCCGUUGCCCCUCUACGAGCAAGACGACAGCUUCACUACCAUCCCUCUGAAUCUCGCUGGCAACGAGACGGCUAUAUUUGCGUUCACCGACGCCAUUCCAGAGGGCUGGCCUAAGGCUCCUCCGCUUCAUCUUGUGGACGUGACGUCUGCUGUGCUCGGAUGCAAGUAUACCAGCUCCGUGGACUUGGACCUCCACGUCCCUGCUCUAUCGCAACCCGGCAGCGCUACCCUCUCCAACGGCUCGUCAAUCCCCAUCGACAGCUCGGACGUCCCAGCAACCAUCCCUUUGACGCAGUGGACGCUAACCGCCGAACACUGGGCUGCACCCUCCAACUUCAACGACUCCAGCAUCGUAGCUCGCAAAUUCAACACCACGCACGAGCUCACCUCGCUCGUGUCCUGGCUCGACAUUCCUGCUCUCGCGAACGUCUCUGGCAUCGGAUACUACAGCACAAGGUUCACCUGGCCCCCUCAAGGACCAUCUGAUGACAGCGAGUUAGGAGCCUACAUAUCCUUCUCCAAAAUCCUGGACGCCAUAACCGUCUACGUCAACGGGCAGCGUUUGCCGCCUCUGGACUACAACAACGCAAAAAAGGACAUCUCUGCUUACCUUCAAGCGGGAGAGAACGAGGUGUUGGCGGUCGUGCCGACGACGAUGUGGAAUUACAUUCAGACGAUUCUGCCGAGGAUACGGAAUGCAGGGGAGGCUGUUGAGUUUUCUGGAGGGCCUUUUGGUAGUCCGUCGGAGCCUUCGGAUAAUGGGCUCGUGGGGACGGCGGAGGUUGUGCCGUAUCGGACUUUGACGAUAUCUUGA